AUGGAGAGACCCCUCACAGUCCUGCGGGUGAGCCUGCACCACCCCACGAAGGCCCCAGCCAUCUUCGCCACCGUCCCAUCUUGGCUGCAGCAUGACACAAGCCCACUGCUGGUGGGGCGGAGUCUGGACUCCCACCCCCAGCUGCAGCUCCCCCGCCUCUCCCGCCAACACCUGUCCCUGGAGCCCUACCGAGAGAAGGGCAGUGCUCUGCUGGCCUUCAGCCUCAAGGCUCUGAGUCGCAGGGGCUGCGUGUGGGUCAACGGGCUGACACUAAGAUUCCUGGAACAGGUUCCCUUGAGCACCGUCAACUGGGUUGCCUUCUCGGGUGUCCAGAUGGUGAUCCACGUGGAGCUAGGCACCUCCCUGGAAGCCUUUGCCUGCUGCUUCUUUGUUAGCCCCUCACCUCUGAUUUACAGGCCCCAGGCCAAGGAGUCUGACGAAUGGGAAGACAUCCCCCAGGCGCUGCCUGCCCCAGGUUCAGAGAAGCAGGCUCCGGGUUACCUGGGCUCUCUCCACCGCCCUUCCCAGACUGGGGACAGCCCUCCCCAGCCAAGCACUGGAGGAGGAACAGAAAUACAGCUCCAGAGGGAGCCUGCAGACAGCUAG